UGUUCACCUCUUGAGUUGAAUGAUCUAGCUAAACAUGGUGGUUAAAAUGUGUGUUGUGUAUUCCUGUAUCAACAUUGGAGUCCAGCUAGCGGUUGCACAGCCAUUGGCACACAUACAUCAUCAGCAGGGCUUAUUGUGACCCCACACAUGUAGUCUAGUUCUCUUCAGAGACAACAAUAGCUCAAGUUCCUACUGAAGACAUACCCACUGAGGACAAACAUGAAAGAACGUCUUUAUUUAGGCCAUCCCUUGUUUGUGCUGCAAGGUAUUGGUGUGUCAGAGUGCAGAUGGCACUGAGCUGAGAGGGAGGGUGGUGGAGACUGAGGCCUGAGGACAAAGCCUCUCACUCUGCUGGGGGAAAAUGCACUGAGAGGAACACAGCGAUGUUUAUGAAACCUGGCACCAUCUAUGUGUACCCCAUCUACGGCAUCUACCUCUGUAUGAAUGUUUCCAGUCAAGGUAAGACCAUACAACAAAACAGUACAACAGCCAAGCUUACCCUGAAGGCAGUGGAACAAACCACCAGUAAUAAACCAAACUGCCAUUAAAACCACACGCAGAAAAGUUCAGUGUGUUGGCCUUAUCUGUAGGAAAAUCACCUCAUUAGAGACUAAGUAGUGUUGCAUCUCCCAGGCUCUCCCAUGUUACUUUCAUUAGGCGAUAGUUCUCUUUUUUUCAACUGUUUCUCAUUAUUGAAGACGUUAUAUUAUAUGUUGCACCAUGUUAUUAUCCAUUCAUUCACACUGGAGAAAGGUCAAAGGAAGGAGACAGUAUGGCUCCACUCUAUCGUUCCCUGUGUGUGUUCUCUCUAGGGGAGGGUGCUGCUGUGCUUCUGCGGGCUCUAGAGCCUCUAAAUGGCCUGCCUCUGAUGAAGCAGCUGCGGACAACCAGGCGGAGGGAGGGGGCCCGGCCCCUGAAGGACAAAGAGCUAUGCAAUGGUCCCUCAAAGCUGUGCCAGGCCCUGGACAUACCACGCUGCUUCGACCGGAGAGACCUUGCCUCAGACCCAGAAGUGUGGCUGGAGAGGGACACCCAGAUAGGACUGCAAGAGCCAGGCCUCAGGGAGGUGGUCUCAGCAAGCCGGAUCGGCAUUGACUCUCAUGGGGAAUGGGCCACCAAACCCCUGCGCUUCUAUCUGCGUGGUCACCACUGUGUGAGUGUAGUGAACAAACAGGCAGAGAUACAGAUUCACUCACUGGCCAACAAUGUGAUAUCAGACUUUGCGUCCUCCUCAGUGGACGUAUGUGAUGGUGACACAGGACAGAGUUGAAACUGGGAAUAUUUUGGGAAUUGUAUCAAACCAUGAUGAGUAUAUACUUAAUGUUUUUACAGACAUAAUGCAAGUGAAAAAUGUCAGCUAUGAGCUAUUUCAGUAAUUUGGUCUAGCUAUGGGGAAAUCAUUGCAAAAUACCCAAAGCCAAAACAUCUGUAAAAUAUUUGAUCUAGCCUCCCCUCCCUGCUAUCAAAGCAACUAGAAUUUCCAUUCCAGUCAUUCUCAUUAAUAAACAUCCUU